GUAAUUCUUGCCGUAUAUUGUUUACUUUUUAUGUACCCUUAAGAUAGCGAGUGUUUUUGUGUUAUUUUGAGCGCUACAAGCUUGUAUGUUUUCAAUGUGUAGGAAGCAGAGCCUUACACGGAGUAACAGAGGAGUUGAUGGGGGUUUUACUUCAUUUACAGGAUGCAGCUGCUACGAAGAUGGGAGGGUUUGAAGAUGUCUCUACGCAACAUUUUGACCAUUACAGCUUAUGUAGAAGGGCGUCCAUCCAGGAGCCACAAUCCCAACACAUGGCGAUGAAGGAUGGCUCCGUCCGGCCUCAUCGUCGCAUGUCAGCAGCGCCUCAGCAGAGCGAGCUUCCGCCGAACAACGUCUGCGCGGACACCAUGUUUAUGGUGGGUGGAUGGACCAAGGAUGACCCCUCAUGUCCGGUGGAGCAGUUCUCUCUUGAGUACAACGAGUGGAGGACAGCAGCUCGCGUGGUCAACCAACGAGGCAACAUGGCCGUAGGCACCCUGGACGGCAAGAUCUACACUGUGGGUGGAGAGGACAACGUGCGGUGUUACAACAAUGUAGAGAGGUACGACCCAGACACCGACAGCUGGAGUGCAGAUGUAGCACCCUUGAGCAGCCCCCGCAGUGGAGUGUGCGUGGUGGCCAUGGACGGAUACUUGUACGCCAUUGGAGGACAUGAUGGCAUUACUGCCAUGAACACAGUGGAGAGGUACGAUCCAAAAAUGAACGCAUGGAGCAAGCAGGUGCCGAUGCUGACGAGACGCACCGGAGCUGCCGUGGCCAUGCUGGAUAAUCACCUGUAUGUAGUCGGAGGCAACGAUGGAGAUCUGACGCUCAACUCAGUGGAGAAAUACAACCCUGAAGAUGGCAGCUGGUCCAUAUGUGGCCACAUGUCCACUCCCAGAGAGAAUGCGGGCUGCGCCGUGUACCUGGGACACAUCUACGUGGGUGGGGGCAGAGAUGACCUGGGUUUGAACCUGUGCACGGUGGAGCGCUUCAACCCGGACACCAUCAGGUGGACUCCAGUCAAGCGCCUGCGGAGCAAGAGGGACAACGCGUCCCUGGUGGUCUAUGACGGAGCUCUGCUGGCCGCCGGGGGCUCCGAUGGUGUGACCGAUUUAAAAACAAUCGAAAUUUACAAUCAUGAAAGCAGCACAUGGAGACACUUUGGAAGCAUGAAGCACAAACAUCCAGGAGGAAGAGUGGCCGUCCUCUGCUGAGCACCAACAAUGCAGCCGGAACUACGUGAGGGAGGGAACAUGGCCUAAUGGAUGUCUGUGUCUCACACCGUGAAUGACACACUUCAGCCCAGCAGCAUAAUGACUCACUAAUUGAAGGGUUUACUCCAAAAAUGAGCUGCAUUAGUAAACUGCUGCUUCACAAUAACUCCACACAUUGAAUUAAAAGACAUUAGAGGCUGAAAGCUUUCCUUUUGCUAUUUUUACCACCCCUGCUUGCAUAGAGAAGAAGGGUCUUUUAGAGAUCCAUACAUACAUAUAUACGUACAUACAUGCAUACAUAGUGUACAAACAUAUACAAAUAUACAUACAUACAUACAUACAUACAUAGUGUACAUACAUAUAUACAUACAUACACACAUACAUACAUGCAUACUGUACAUACAUAUACAUAUAUACAUACAUACAACCCCCAAAACCAGUGAAGUUGUCACGAUGUGUAAAUGGUCAAUCAAAACAGAAUAAAAUGAUUUGCAAAUACUUUUCAACUUAUAUUCAAUUGAAUAUACUGCAAAGACAAUAUAUUUAAUUUUCAUGCUGAGAAACUUCAUUUUUUUUGCAAAUAAUCAUUAACUUAGAAUAUAAUGGCAGCAACAUGUUUCAAAAAAGUAGUCAGAGGGGCCUUUUUACCACUGUGUUACAUGGCCUUUCUUUUUAACAACACUCAGUAAAGGUUUGGGAACUGAGGAGACACAUUUUUGAAGUGGAAUUAUUUCCCGUUCUUGCUUGAUGUACAGCUUAAGUUGUUCAACAGUCUCACUUCUGUUUAGCCUUCAUAUUGCACCACACAUUUUCAAUGGGAGACCGGUCUGGACUACAGGCAGGCCAGUCUAGUACCCGCACUCUUUUACUAUGAAGCCACGCUGUUGUAACACCUGGCUGGGCAUUGUCUUGCUGAAAUAAGCAGGGGCGUCCAUGACAACGUUGCUUGGAUGGCAACAUAUGUCGCUCCAAAACCUGUAUGUACCUUUCAGCAUUAAUGGUGCCUUCACAGAUGUGUAAGUUACCCAUGCCUUGGGCACUAAUACACCCCCAUACCAUCACAGAUG